GUUUGUUGAGGAAAGCGGCUGACACAGAAAGGGUUUUACACAGGCGACCGGCGUGGGUUUAGCACAAGCAGUAGACGAGUAGACGCCACGGGAGAGAAAAAGAUGAACGGCCAAAAUCAGUUAGAUAACUAGUUCGAACGAAAUCGAUGUGGUAGCUACCCUUGGGCAUUAGCCCUAGGAUCAGCAGACAUGGCGGAGCAUUUGGAAUUGAAAAAUGAAUCUACAGCCAAUCCUUGUUGUAGCGAGUGGAAAGAUAGACUGUUAAAAGUGCAACAAAAGUGCAAGAAGACGGAGGAGGCUAGGGCCGCGCUUAAGAAGGCAGUCGGGCUUUAUGAGCGACAGUUUAUAUUGAUGCAAGAUGAUGUUCUGAAACUCAAGAAGGCUUGUGAGGAAGAGAAGCUGCAGACUGACAAUGAAAGGAAGAAUAAAGAAAAAGAAUCAGCUGCACGAGUUUCAUUGGAGAAUGAGAUAUCCUCACUGAAGUCUGAGAUUUUAUCAUUGAGUCAAAAAGAAGGUUCAGUACCAGAACAUGUGAGUGAAGAACUUACACUUCUCAAAGGGCGUGUUUCUGACAGUGAAAAGGAGAUAAAUUGCCUACGAGAGCAGCUUCAGAAGGAAACAAGUGUUUCAGCUACCAAUAGAAAGAAAGCUGUAGAAGAAAAGAAAAGAGCCGAUGAGGCAUUACAAAGUUCUAAGGCUGAAAAAGACAAGAUUGAAAAAGAAUUAAGUAAGCUCAAAGCACAGUUGCUUAAUGUGGAAACAGAAAAGAAACAGCUAAAGAAGGAUCUUCAAAAAGAGAGUGCUAGAGCAGAUAUGGAGAAGAUUAGAGCUGAAGCAUUGAAAACUGCAAAGACUGAGGCUGAAGCUGAAAUUGAAGUUUUAAUGGCUGAGAAGAAGGUUCCAUUGGUGGAUGAGUUGUCUUCUCCAAAAUCUGAGGAUAUGGAUGUAAUUACAUCCCUUCAAGGGCGUGUAUCUGAAAUGGAAACAGAAAUAACUCGACUUAAAAAUCUUCUUGAUAAUGAGAGAAAACGAGCGGACUCUGAGACAAAGAAAGCUGAAAUAGAGAAGAAAAAAGGUAAUAAAAUGCGAGAAAUGUUGAAAACAGAACAAAGUAAAGCUGAUGAGCAAAGAAAGUUAGUUGAUGUUGAAAAGAAAAAAAGGGAGGAAUUUGGACAACAGUGUGAAAGAUUAAAGUGUGAGGCAGAUGAGGUAAGAUCUAAGUUGGUUUUAGAAGGUUCAAAGUUUAAAGAAGCAAACAAGAAACUUGAGGCUGAAAGAAAAAAGUAUGUAAAAGAGAAAAAGAAAUAUGAAGAACAACAAAAGAUUGCAGAAUUGAAUAUGAAGAAUGCUUUGGAGGAGAAACAGCGUGCAGAUCGGAUUCAUCAGCAGUUAGAAGAGUGUCAACAGAAUUAUGUUAAAUUGCAGAAAGAGAUGGAAGCAAAACAGAAGGAAAAAGAUACCAAACAAAUGACUACAAUUGGAAGUGAAAAGAUUCAAAAUGAUGUUUCUUCAAGAAACUUAACAAACCCUUCUUGUGUUUUGACUGAGAAAGAUAUGAAAGGUAAAUAUGAUGAAAUGAAACUUUUAAAGAAAAGGCUGAAGCUUGAAAAGGAGAGAGUAAAGCAUGCUAAUCAAGUGGCUGAGCUUGAAAAGAAGUGUAAAAAAGCAGUUGAAAAAGAGCUUCAUCAACUAAAGCUGGAGUUUGCUCGAUUUUCAAAUCGUGUAGGACUCUGUAGCUGUUAUGAAAUCUGCAAUGCUGGUAAAUCUUGUCUGGAACAGAAUCGAAAUGUAAACUCAAAGAGGAAAUUUAUGCACCCUGAGAGUGGAAAAGAACUUAUGAAGCCUAAUUCUGCAAGAUCUCCUGUAGUGUCACUUCCUAUAUCUGGAACAUGUACUGAAGUCACCUCAGGUACUGCUACUAAAAUGGACUCACUCCUUGGAGGCUCUAACAAAAAAAAUGUAGACAAUUAUGCCCUUGUUUCAAGCAUGUCAUCUUUUUCUGAUCGACAGUUGGUGGGCUCACAGGGGAAAUGUGUUAUUUCCAACACUAAACCAGAUGAAAGUAAUAAACUGAAUUCCAAUCAACAGCUGCCUAUUUCAAGGUUGUCUAGUGAGGUUCCUACAACCAGAAAUGAUGCAGUGGUGGCUGAUAAUAAUGAUGUCAAAACUCCUCUUAAACUGAAAAACAAAGAUGGAAAAAACAGGAAAAGAAAGCGAACCCUAAAUGCAACUGAAUCCAUUGAGCAUUUGUAUACAAAAGUAGGUGAUGUGGAUAAACCAUUGAAAGAAGUUACAUUGCAACCUUCUUGCAAGACUAUUGAGCAAAAGGAAGAUCCAGGGAAAAAAACAGUUGGUGAUGAAAACGUUGAUUUAGUUGCUUUUGAAAAUAAUGGAGUGGAAGCUACUCGUAUGUGUAAUGAUGAUAAUCUUGAAAAUGGUGGGAAGAAUGUUGAGAUUUUUAAGAGAAUGUUGGAUGAUGACUAUAUGAAGUUGCUCAGUUUGGAUAGUGAAUUUGAGGAGGAAAGAUACCGUUUUGCAGUUGAAAGGCCUCUUUCACCUACUCUUCCAAACAUCCAGUUAGAUGUUGUAGAAGAUUCUAGACCUUCUGAAGUUAAUUGCACAAAUGGGUUGUUGCCAGGUGUCGAUGAUUCUUGUCAGUAUAUUGUUGUAUUUCCAGACAUCAAGGACAGUGGCAGCCUUUCCAAGAUAUUUCAUACAACAGGAACUUUGAUGACUCAAUGCUGUGUGUCUUCUGAGAGUGAUCACAUGAUUAAAAAUAUAAUUUUUGCUCUUUCUGCUGAAGAAAUUCUCUCACCCAAGGAAAAGGUCUGUGUGUUCUUCUCAUUGUUCUUGAAGAGCCCCUCAAACAUUGCUUUGACUAAUGUCAACCAUGUCUUAGAUGAGAGCUUUUUGAAGACCAUAGAUAUCUUUUCUGGACAAAUCAAGAAAGUGAUGUCUGAUGUAGAGACGAGAACCAUUUUUGAAAAAGUAUGCAAUUUAGAUGAAGUUAUUACUCUAAUUCAAGAUUUUAUAAUCAAUGAAAGAGUAGUAAUCCACAGUGAUAUAAAUCCCGAGUCACCAUCAUUUUCAGACUCCAAAGCCUCAUUGCAACAGCUGGUGAUUGGAUCGAUUUUUUUAGCAUCAAUUUGUGUAGCUUUUGACCGAAUUGACUCCAUAUGUGAAACAUCAUACACCAUUUCCCACAUCACCACUCCCUCAACUUUAACAUUUCUACAUAUCUUUGGUUACAUAUGUGGAGAAAAAUUAAUAGCCCAAGGUGACUACAGUUUAAUAAUGACUGUAGUAAGUUCUUUAGUCACAUACUAUGAAAAGGAAAAUUCAUCAUCAUCAUGCGCCAAGUGUCCAUUUUUAAUUGGUGCUGUUUCCAUGGAAGAAGUGGCAUCACUUCUCUUGAAUAAACUGAAAUCAACAACCGUUUCUGAUGGUGAUUUGUCUGAUUUUGGGGAUGUUUUGUCACUUUUGGAGUUAAUAGCAUCUAAGAUGAAGUGGGGUUGGAUUUGCGAGAACAUUGUUAGUGAGCUGUUGAAGUUGUUGGAAGUGUUUGUAGUUGAAACACCUUUGACUGCUGUUUUUGUUCUUCUAGGCCAACUUGCAAGACUUGGGAUUGAUGGUAAUGGAUUGGAAGAUGCUGACGUGGAAAAAAUCAGAAUGAAAUUGAGUUGGUUCAUAAGCGGGACCACAUCAAGGAAAAUGAGUUUAAGGGUCCAAUUUGCAGCUGUGAAUUCUUUAUUGGGUACAACGCCUCUCAGUUUUGAAGAAAUUUGUGAUAAGAAUAAUAAGAGGUUUGUAAGUUGUUCAGGUGCAAUUGAUUGCAUACAGAAAUGGUUUAAUUUGUUGAGUGAUGAGCAGAAGGCGUUGUCUGUUAGACUCUUACCUGCUGCUGGUGUUUCAUAAAGAAUCUUCUUGUUGAAACUUGAAAUUAAACAAUUUUGUAGUCAUAGUAGCCGAAUGCAAAUUACAUUCAUGCCCUUGUUGGUGCUUACAUGUUUAAAGUUAAUGACCUAAUUUACUAUGCGUGAUUCUUUUGGUAAUACAUAGAUUGUUAUUGUAAACCAAGAAUGGGUCGAGCUCUAUUAGUUUCACCCACUAAAAAAUUCAUCUUUUGCUCGUAUAUAC